AUGGAUAAAUCUUGGAUGCAUAUUGAAGAUAGAUUGCAUUCCAGUGAGUAUGCUGAAGGGGUUAGACAAUUCAUCGCUAUGGCCAUUUCCCAUACUGCUAAUCCUGAUCAGAUUAGGUGUCCAUGUAGAAGAUGUCGGAAUAAAGCUUUCCACUCCAUUCGUACAAUUGAGGGUCAUUUGUUCUUUAGAGGGAUUGAUCCAACUUAUACUCCAUGGAUAUUCCAUGGAGAAGAUGAUCCAUUCCUUUUUGCCACUUUUUUUGACGAAGACGAAGAUGAUACAUUGGCUCAUAGUGAUUAUAUUGAUGAUCUCGAUGAGCUUUUAGAUGACAUCCGUCAUGGGUCGUCUAUGGAAAAUCAUAUCAUAAAUGAUGGAUCAUCUUAUGCACAUGAUCAACCCUCUGCCUCUAAUGCUCUUGUCAACUCUAAUUUCGAGGACUUGGUAGCUGAUGCACGACGUCCACUCUAUCCUACAUGUACUAAGUUCUCAAAGCUAUCAUUCAUCGUCAAUCUGCUUUACAUCAAGAGCAUCGGUGGGUGGACGGUGAAGUCCUUCGAUAUGGUCAUAAAGCUCUUGCAUGAGGCAUUUCCUGAUGCCUCAUUCCCUGACUCAUAUAAUGAUGCCUGUCGCUUGGAGAAGGGAUUGGGCUUUAGUUACGAAAAGAUCCAUGUGUGCCCAAAUGAUUGUGUCUUGUUUUGGAAGGAAAAUGCAUCGUACAAUGAAUGCCCCAAGUGUAAGGCAUCUAGGUGGGAGCAAAGCACAAUUCAGGGACGAAGGAUACCACAAAAAGUACUCCGACAUUUUUCCCUUAAGCCAUGGUUGCAGAGGUUAUAUAUGUCAAAGAAGACAGCCCAAGACAUGAGAUGGCAUGUAGAUGGACGUGUUGACAAUCCGACGUGCAUGCAACACCCAUCAGAUUCGAAGGGUUGGAAGGACUUUGAUAACAAACAUAUGGGAUUUUCCAAAGAUCCUCGCAAUGUUAGACUUGGUUUGGCUAGUGAUGGGUUUAACCCGUUCAACAACAUAAGUAGAUCGUACAACAUUUGGCCAGUACUGCUUAUGCCGUACAACUUGCCCCCCUGGGCCUGCAUGAAAGAACCAUACACCAUGUUGUCGUUGUUAAUACCUGGCCCCAAGUCACCAGGUAAUGACAUUGUUGUCUUCUUACGUCCGUUACUCGAUGAAUUGAAGGAGUUAUGGGAAGAGGGUAUUCAUACCUAUGAUGCAUACAGUGGGGAACACUUUAUGUUGCAUGCAGCGCUAUUGUGGACAAUCAAUGACUUCCCCGCAUAUGCCAAUCUUUCUGGGUGGAGUACAAAGGGCAAGAUGGCAUGCCCACAUUGCACAUCUGACACAAAUUCACAAUGGUUGGUAUAUGGCCGCAAACAUUGCUAUAUGGGUCAUCGGAUCACAGUUGGAGACGGAAAAAGAAUGCUUUUAAUGGACAUGAAGAGCACCAACUCCAACCAUCAAGGGUCGAGGGAGAGGAAUUGCAUCAACAAUUAA